AAAGAGAGACGUUACCCUAUGGCACGUGCCAAUCUUUCUAUCUUUCUGACAUUUCAAAAAUCAAAUCUUUUAACUCUCUCAUCCCCUCUCUUAUUAUCUGUUGGUACCUCAAAAAUUUAGUCUUUGCAUUCAAGGGGGAAAAAAACUUAAAAAAAAAGGGUAGCUAUUAGUUAGUUAAGCACCCAAUGGAGCCAUUGUUGAAGAAGAAAGGUGAUUGGUCUGAAUCAGUGAGUGGUUCCAAUGGUGGUGAGUCUAAAGAGAGUAGUAGUAACAGUAGUUCAAGUGGAUCAAGUUCUGAUAAGGUUAGAGGUUCAGGUUCACCUCCUCUUUUGGGUUGGCCUAUAAGGAGAGCUAUUACUACUACUCCUUCAAAGAACUCAGAUGUUUGUAAUGGGGAUGAUGAUAAAGUUGGUAAUCAAGUUGAUAAGUUUAAAAAAAUUGGUUCUAGGAUUAAUGAGAUUGAUAUGAUGAAGGAGAGAUUUGCAAAGUUGUUGCUUGGUGAAGAUAUGUCAGGUUCUGGAAAAGGAGUUUGCACAGCUUUGGCUAUUUCAAAUGCCAUUACCAAUCUCUGUGCUACUAUUUUUGGGCAAUUAUGGAGAUUGGAGCCUAUAUCUGAAGAGAAAAAAUCCAUGUGGAAAAGAGAGAUGGAAUGGCUUGUUUGUGUUAGUGACCAUAUUGUUGAGCUUAUACCAUCUUGGCAAAAUUUUCCAGAUGGAAGCAAGCUUGAGGUGAUGACUUGCAGGCCUCGAUCGGAUAUUGUCAUUAAUCUUGCCGCGCUUCGUAAACUUGAUACCAUGCUUGUUGAUAUCUUAGAUAGUUUUACCAACACUGAGUUCUGGUAUGUUGAUCAAGGGAUUAUAGCCCCCGAUGCUGAUGGCUCGGCUUCCUUCCGACAAACGUUGCAACGCCAGGAGGAGAAGUGGUGGUUACCCGUGCCCCGUGUACCUGCAGGUGGUCUCAGUGAUGAUUCGAGAAAGCAAUUGAAUCACACCCGGGAGUGCACAAAUCAAAUACUGAAAGCUGCAAUGGCCAUCAACAGCAUUUCGUUAACGGAAAUGGAAGUUCCGGAUUCGUACUUGGAUACUCUUCCAAAGAAUGGAAGAGCUUGUUUAGGUGACCUAAUUUAUAGGUAUAUUACUUCGGAUCAAUUCUCGGCCGAAUGUUUGCUUGAUUUCCUGGAUUUAUCCUCUGAACAUGUUGCUCUCGAGAUUGCAAACCGCGUAGAAGCUGCAAUAUAUGUAUGGCGUCGAAGAUCUCAUUCGAAGCCUCCUAUUAACCCAAACCGAUCCACUGCAAAAUCAUCAUGGGAAAUGGUGAAGGACCUUAUGGUUGAUGGAGACAAGAGAGAAUUUCUAGCAGAAAGAGCUGAAACUCUCUUGCUUUGCUUGAAGCAACGAUUCCCGGGUUUGACUCAAACUACAUUAGAUACCAGCAAAAUCCAAUGCAACAAGGAUGUUGGAAAGUCCAUUCUUGAAAGCUAUUCAAGAGUUUUGGAAAGCCUUGCAUACAACAUCGUUGCACGUAUUGACGAUUUGCUAUAUGUAGAUGACUUAACGAAGCAUUCAGACAAGUUAUCAUCAGUUCCUACGGUUAGUGUAAUCACACACAAAAAGGUUUCCAUCCCGUAUACGGUACCAGUCUUGAACAGCAGCACUCCCUACAAGACAUCGAUCUCUACACCAAGCUUUUCACCCGCACCGCUAAUCAGCCCUGCAAAGGGAGAAAGAUCUCCUUUUCUCAAGGAGAACAACCACAACAGCAACAACAACAUCAUUAAGCCGCAUCGCCGAGGCUUCGGAGUGAAGAGGGUCUUGACUAAUUAUCUCGGGGUUGAUACGAAAGCAAAGAUAUGUGGUAAUCCAACAACAGAUAGUACAUCAAUCCUCAAGAACUCCAACAGUACAGAGAACACAGGGAAUCAAAAGGGUCAUCAAAUCAUAUCGAAACAAUCAUCGGCGAACCAGAAUGGGACCAAAACACGACAAAUUCCUCCACGAUAUACGGUCACUUGAGAGAAAAAAUUUCUCAAAUUGAUUAGUAAAAGACAGAAAACUUCUCUGGUCGUAGUAAAAUAGUGUUGUGUAUGAGUUAAAUUUCCAUAUUUUUUAUUGGUUGUGUUAUUCUUUCUUGUAGUAAAUUUGAAGCAGCUAUUAUUAUAUGAUUAAAACAGCCUACUUUUUAUCGUAGCUGUUAACUAAAGUAGUCAGUACUAUACUGAUGAUUUGUACCAUUUGUGUUUCGAUAUAGAUACCAUUUCGUUUUACCUUAAAA